AUGCCAGCUCGCGGCGCUUCCCCUGAUGAUGAGUUGAUAGAUAUCUUCUCGAAAGGGUGGAAAGAAGCACAGACAGGGGUAAGGACACACGUGGCCGAGUGGAACACAGGAUGGAAUUGCGAAAAGCUUCGAACGACAUGGAAGUCCAAGAGCCCCAGGAAAAGAUUGAUUGUUCUGAGGAAAGUUUCCAAGGGCUUCCCCAUACUGUCCGAUGGGUCUCUGGCACAGAAAGUCUGGUGUUUUUUCAUCGGGGUGUCAAACUUCAACCACGAGCAGCUUGAGAGACUUCUGAAUAAACCCAACUUGAGAUUCAAGCCAAUCACUAACCAGAUUGAGUGCCACCCGUAUCUUACCCAGAAGGAUCUGAUCCGUUUUUGCCAGUCCAGAGAUGUGUCCAUGACCGCGUACCGGCCCCUCGGUGGUUCCAGUGAGGGGGUGGACCUGCUGGAUGACCCCGUGAUUCAGAGGGUGGCCCAGAAGUACAACAAGUCUCCAGCCCAGAUUUUGCUCCGAUUUCAGAUCCAGAGGAAUGUGAUAGUGAUCCCCAAAUCAGUCACCCCAAAGCGGAUUCUUGAGAAUAUCCAGGUGUUUGACUUCGAAUUAUCAGAACAGGAUAUGAACGACAUCCUCGGCCUGGACAGGAACUUCCGAAUGUGCAGGUUACCCAUAGCUGAACACCACAAGGACUAUCCUUUCAACAUAGACUACUGA